AUGGAGCCGUCAAAGGCUGCUCCGCUCCAGAUCCCUUCUGAGCAGGAUGAUGUGCCGCUCUUCGACCCUAGCGGACUCAGCGCUUCUCUCUCCGUGGACGACUGGCACAACUCGUUCGACCUCAGCAGCGUAGCAGCUGCACGUCUUGGCAUCGGCUCGCCUCCGUCCCAGGAUGGCUCGGCCCCUCUCUCUGCAGCCGCUUCUGUCAGCAACCUCACCGGCAACUAUUCUCGCAACAACUCCAAAUCGGAUACUGUAGCUACCUCGCAACCAAAGCAACCGCCCUCCAAGUCGCAGGCCUCUACGCACGAUGCUGCCCUUGAACCCGACAAGCUGCACACUGCAAGCGACAAUGACAUUGGCAAAAGAGGCAGGCGUCGCAGGAGUUCUGCAGCUCAGGACGAUUCUCAGCAGCCAUUGGACAAUGUGCACCCUGCUGCACUCCCACAGAAGGACACCUCUGUUGGGUCCAAGGUCCGCAUGUGGUGGGAGCGAAGCGCCGCCCAUACACCUGAUUCAGAUACAAACGAUUCUUCCGUCGUAGAGCGUCAGCCUCCAGCGGCAGCCUUGGCCACUCUGCGCACCGACUUGGAUCCAAUCGCAUCCUCUGCCAUGCCAGAGUCGACUAGCAUCGCUUCGCCUUCUUCCCUGUCCCAAGAGGCUUCCUCUCCUAUUGUCCGCUCGCCUGCUGCCGACUUUCUCAGCGCCUUUUCCAGCCUCAACAGCGUCGUACAGCCUGCCACAUCCUACGACAAUCGCUCGCUCUCCUACAGCCCGCCUCGCUCGGGUCAUCGCAGUCUCGCCUCCUCGCUCAUGCGCGACGAAACACGCAACGGCUCUGCAGCCGCUCCGGGUUUUGCUUCCUUGCGCGGUCUCGGCAGUGCCGCCGCUGAGCUUUACGAUGCGAAGCUCACCACAGCUCCCAAUCCGCCGCCUCGAUUGGACGAUGAGGGCGCUCGUGUCGGUCCGUCAGGUCGAUAUUUGCUUGGCAAGACCAUUGGUGUUGGCGGCUUUUCCACCGUUCGCGAAGGUUGGGAUCUGGAAGCCCAAGGUCCAGCAGAUCCAACAGCGCCCAUGAUCGAUGGUCAACGCAAAGGACGCAGGGUGGCAGUCAAGAUCAUCUAUCAUGAUACCAAACAUGCUGACCAGGCGCGGGAUGCUACAAAGCAGCAGCAUCAGCAACAUCACUCACAAGAGCUGCGCAUCUGGAAGAGUCUACCGACCCAUCAGCACUUGCUGCCCCUUCUGCAUCACGAACGUGUAUCUUUGGACGCACCGCUCGCUGAUCCAAGCAGAGGCAGCGAUACCACAGCGGAGCUGCUCAUCAUGCCUUACUGCGAUCAAGGUAACCUGCUCGACUUUGUCCGCAGCGGAGGCGGUGCGAGUCCCAGUGCUAACAGUGUCAUCUUCACUCCCAACGUCGGGCAGCCCUUCUCAUCCGAACACGAAAGGACCGCUUCGGGGUCCUGGUUCGCUCCCAGUUCGGCACGUUCGUCCACUCAACUCUCACGAAGCUCGUCGCUCAGGACAUCCAUGGAAGAUCCGUCACGGCGUCACUCGGGUUUGCGCACCGGCUCCGGCUUUGUUCUACCCCGUAAUAGUGGUUCACAAGCGCUCGGCCGCGUCGCCUCGGUGUCCGCUGCUUCUCAGCUUCGCACGAUUCCUGCCGGUCAAGAGGCUUCCUCGGUCGCUUCUUCGCCUGCCUCUAACGCCGGAAGCGUUUCGAGUGGGUCUCGACUGCUUCGUAAGACGGCCAGCAGAACCUCUCGUAGCCAGGGCGUCCCCAUCGAUGCAGCGCGCGAGAUCAUGCGCCAGCUUAUCUCGGCCCUGAGCACGCUCCACAACAAGAGUCACAUAUUGCAUGGAGAUCUCAAACUUGAGAACGUCCUCGGACAGGACCAGUCGUCUUGGAAGAAACGUCAGCGCAUGUCCACCAACGGCUCCGACCCGGAAGCGCGAUCGAGACAGGACAGCAGCGGCAUGGCGGACUCCAUCGACUCAUUGGGUGCGGCCUCUGCGUCGUCGAGACUGACGCUCGACACCACCGACGUAGUCAUGCCAUGCUGGCGCAUUGCAGAUUUUGGCCUGGCACAGAUCAUGGAUCCCGUUCAUACCAAGUCGGGUACAUCGAGUGCACCAGCUCUCAUCCGUGCUCUUAAGGAAGAGGCAAGCGCUCUAGACAACACCAAGAUUCCAAGGUACAAGAAACUCGCCAAGUCGGGUCGAGGCGGUUCUUUGGCUUAUACUGCACCCGAGUUUCUCCAGGCACAGGGAAGGUCUGGAACGUCCAGCCCGACGACUGCUGAGUCCGCGGGCGAAGACGGCGAGUUGCCUGCAGAGUCCCCCUUUGCUGCCGACAUGUGGGCGCUUGGUUGCAUAUUGUAUGCCCUUAUGAGCGGUACGCUGCCUUUUACGGACUCCUUCGAACCACGACUGCAGAUGAAAAUAGCUAAGGCACAAUGGGAGCUUCCUCGUCGGCUUCGUCGCCGAGCUGAGCGGCUCACUUACUCGUCGACAAGCACGCUGACAUCGCAAGCCAGCCACUCGAAUCGCAACAGUUCCGUUGACCGCUCCGGCUCCGUGGGGCCAACGGACGCCGCCGAUCGCUUUGCAUUUAGCCAACAUCGAUCCACCUCCGGUCUGCCGCGCGGGAUCGGCAGCUUUGGUUCGAUGGAUCUGAGCGCCUCACUGCCUUCCUUGCUGCCCAGAGAGAGACAGGUCACUGAAUCUUCAGCCACGGCGCUACCGAAACGCACGGCUGCAGUACAUUCGGGCCAGGUGGUGGGCUCGGCUCCAGGGCGCGCCGACCAUCUGGAGAGCUUUGAGAUCAACGAGGUCGCCAAGGCCAGGGCCGAUAUGGAAGAAGACCCCGAGUCGGAUGAAGACUCGGAGAUCGAUCCUGCCUGGGACGGACUCAGCUGGGACCGUGCAGCUGCACGACAGGUGCUUCGAGGUCUGCUGGAGCCUGAUCCGCGCCGAAGGUGGACAGUGGACCAGCUGUGCUCAAGCGCGUGGAUCCGUCAGGAAGGGCUCGAGCCGGCAGCUUCUACGCCUCCGCUUGCGACCACUGAUUCCGAUCUUGGCCUGCAGAUGGUAAGUCACGCUUCAACCGCCAAAACUUGGACUGCCGGACUUCACUUUGAUAAAGCCAAUGUCGACGACCACUUUCAGCGUAGUGAACGAGGACGCCGAUCUUCCAGUCUCGCUCGUAGCCGUCCUAGUCAAUUGGCUUUCGAAAGUCCGGCAAGUGCGUCUCCAUCGGCACAAUCACCGUCCGUUUCGAUGGACGAGGACGAAAGUGCCAAGCGACGAUCGCGCUCCACUUCACGUGUGUCGCUGCGGUAUCGGGACACGAGUCGCAAUCGCAGCACGGACGUCAGCGGUAGCUCUACACCCAAUCGAGAGCGUGACCACAUUUGGGCGCCUCACCAUAUCGCAGGCCUGGUCCAGUCGCAGACUCUUCCGUGGAUGCAGAUGGGCGCCAAGGAGCGCUGCGACAGCCCGGCAGACUCUGAGCGGCGAGGUCGGAUGCCGAGAUCAAGGAUGGCGGAUCUCGACGAGAACACAACGUGGAAUGGCGAGGAUGAAGCAAGCAGCGACAGUCGUGCUGGAUCCGGCCAUAGGAUAGGUCCCAUUGCCAUUCGAGGACGAAGCCAGUCGAGGAGCCGCAGUCGGCACAGCAGAGAGUCGACCUCUCCGGAACGCUUUGGACAUCGAUCUAUCUCGCGAUCGAGGUCCAACUACUCGCUCUCGCACGAAGCAGGGGGAGGUACAGGCAUCUUGUACGGUCGCAGCGUUGAGCCGCUGCCCGUUAUUGCCCCUGUCAUGGCGGACCACGCUCAAGCACAGUGGUCUUCGACGGCGCACAAUCGGUCGCGAGCACCGGAUGCCUUGACGCAGAUCUUGGACCGAGACCGAUCGAGAAGUCGCUCUCGUGUGAGUAGCAGCUUGGAGACGUCACGCUUGGAUGGCAUGCCAAGUAGAAGCACGCCGAUGACGAAAGAUACAGAUAGUAAUCCUUCGGAGCGGGAUCAAGAGGCGCGCGGUCGGGCGCGCGACCGUAGAUGA